AAGCAAAGCAAAGCUGUGCUGGGCAGAGCUGGGCGCUCGCGUGACUCACGGCGGAUGUCCCAUCAACGCCACGCGGAUCCAGCAGGCGGCGCCCUCCCCGCUGCCAGCGAGCACCUACACACUCGGAAGUUCGCGCCGCGCGCCGUUUCUCGACUCAGCUGCGCGCCGGCAAUGGCGUUUCUGGAAACUGUGUCGCUGGGAAAAGUGCUGCUGGAUGACACGGUGCCGCUGAGCGCUACGAUCGAAGCGAGUCAGAGCAUCCAGUCCCAUACGGAGUAUAUCAUUCGUGUUCAGAGAGGAGUUUCGUCAGAAUGCACUUGGCAGGUGAUACGAAGAUACAGCGACUUUGACAUGUUAAAUAACAGUUUACAAAUAUCAGGCUUAAAUUUGCCUCUACCUCCUAAGAAACUAAUUGGAAAUAUGGACCGCGAGUUCAUCGCUGAACGGCAAAGAGGCCUCCAGAACUACUUGAACUCUAUCACAUCACAUCCAAUCAUAUCACAUUGUGAACUUGUCAAGAAGUUUUUGGAUCCAUCUAACUAUUCAGCUAACUAUACAGAAACAGCCCUACAGCAAGUCUCCAUGUUCUUCAGAUCUGACCCCAAGUGGGAAGUGAUAGAACCCCUCCGAGAAAUGGGUUGGCGGAUACGGAAGAGAUAUUUUUUAAUCAAAAGCAAAGAUCAACCCAAGGACCGUCAAGUUUUAAGCUGGGCUGACCUGGGCCCAGAUAAGUUUCUUUCUAACAAAGAUCUCCAGUCGGCAGUGAAACUCCUUCCAUCUUUAUCCCAUCCAUACAUUUACCCAGUGACGUUUGCCACAGCUGGUGAGUCUUCUGCAUUGGUCAUUCGAAAGUUCAGUGAAAAAGGAACGAUAAGGGAUCACAUAUGUAAGGCAAAACCUAAAGAUACCUUCCUGAAAAAGUACUGUAUGCCCAAAAAAAUCCAAGGCCUUGAAUUGCAGAAGAUCAAGCUCUUUUCAAGACAGAUCCUAGAGGUUGUUAAAUUCCUUCAGGAUAAAGGAUUCCCUUACGGUCACCUGCACGCAUCCAACAUAUUACUGGAGGGUGAUGAGUGUAAACUGCUUGACAUCGAGAAUUCAUUAUUAGGACUUCCAUCUUCUUAUCGAUCAUUCUUCACUCAAUUUAGAAAGAUCAGUACCAUGGAAAGCAUUGACGUGUAUUCAUUUGGACACUUACUGUAUGAGAUGACAUAUGGGAGACCACCAGACUCCAUUCCAGUUGAUGACUUUCCACCUGCACCUUCAUCUUGUAUAAUUUCAGUGUUACAGUCCAUCCUUUCCACUGAGGCUUGCAAAACUGGAAUGCCAACUGUGUCCCAGCUCCUACAGACCCCACUUGUAAGUGAUAUUUUCUUGAACACUACAGAAAAACCACAAUUUAAGAUUCCAACUAAAUUAAAAGAGGCGUUAAAAACAUCUAAAGAAUGUCUGGAGAAAAGGCUACAAGAAGAACAAAAAACGAUUCACCAGCACAAGAGGCUAACAAGAGCCCAGUCCCAUCAUGGGUCAGAAGAGGAAAAAAAGAAAAGAAAGAUUUUGGCAAGAAAGAAGUCUAGACAAAUGGCCUACGAAAAUGAAGAUGACUUGUCUGCAAAGUAUACAAACUCAAAUAACUCCGCAGGGUCAGGCACGAGUUCCCCUUUGACGUCUCCUUCAUCUCCGAUUCCACCUCCUGGCACAGGGUUACCUUCGGCUUCUGCUCCACCACCACCAGCUCCACCACCGCCUCCUCCUCCUCUUCCUCUUUCUCCUGAGGUCAGCGUGCCAUCUCCGGCAGAGUCUUCACUUCCACCACGAGCCGAUGCCGGCAGAGGAGCCUUACUUGCCUCCAUUCAGAACUUCUCAAAGCAAAGCCUGAAGAGAGCAGAGACCAGCGACCACAGCACUCCUCGUGUGAGCUCUGCCUCCAGCCAGUAAAGGCCACAGUUGUUGUGCAUCUGCUUUGCUUCAUUAAAUAAAAGUCUGUCUAGAGGUG